AAAAUAAUCAAAGAAAGUCAAUACUGGAGUCUUGAGUAUAUCAUUGAUAACGCUGAUUAUAUCAGAAGGUAACUUUGGUCCAUUGACAAACCAGUCACUAGCCAUGGCCCGUCCUUUGGGUCUGGACUUUUUAUGUGUGCUUCUGUUUGUGACGUCGGAGUCGUCUGCUGCUAAACAGUACACCAUUACAGAGAGUGGCGGAUCACUGCAGGUGGUGAUUAACGGAAUCACGGUUUUAAAUCAUACGUUGCUGUCUCCUUCAUUUUACGUUGGACAAGGAAAAACUAUAUUUUUGGAAGCACUGGGAAAUUUUCAUGUUAGAAACUACAUAAAGGAAAGGAUAGCUUUAAGACGCUUCGCCAAAAUAGAAAACACUACCACCUCCGACGUCUACAACUUCACAGAUGGAGGAAUUUAUUCUGUUCAAGUAACGUUUGAGACCAAGCUUAACCAGGAUGCGGUUGUAUCGUUCAAAAACACUGGUCAGAAUUACACUCACAGCUGGGUCGUACUAGCUGCCUCUCCGACGGACAAGAUUUACGGAGGAGGGGAGCAGUUUACUCACCUUAAUCUCAGGGAGAGGACCUACAACUCCUUAGAACUGUUCACUGUUCUCAGAGCAGACGACCAGACAUACCCAAUAUGGACAAGAGAACAAGGUGUAGGGCGAGACAAAAGCACCAACACCACCUUCUUUGCUGACCUUCAGUCCGGCGGUGGAGGGAACUUUGCCACCACUUACUUUCCUCAGCCCACCUUUAUUACCUCCCGAAAGUAUUACUUCCACUUCACGUCCACCAGAUACAUGGUGUUUGACUUCAGUGUCCCAACAUCUCACGAAGUCUUCAUCAAUGGAGAUUUUGGAGACAUUUACUUCAAAUCGUCAUCCUCUUUUAAACCUUUGGUUGGAAGUCUUUCCUCAGUGUUUGGUCGGAUGCCUAAAUUACCUACUUGGAUAUAUGAUGGAAUUAUCAUGGGUGUACAAGGAGGCACAAAAACUAUGAUGGAAAGGUACCAACAAGCAAAGGCUCAAGGGGUGAAGGUUCGUGGAUUGUGGAUUCAAGAUUGGUCAGGUAUUAUCAAAACAUCGUUCGGUCAAAGAGUUUUCUGGAACUGGAAAUGGAAUGCGACAAGAUAUCCAGGUUUGGAUGAAACGAUCAAAGAGCUGAAAAAAGACGGUGUGCGUAUAACAGUUUACGUGAAUCCAAAUCUUAACAACCAAGGUCCGCUUUUCAAGGAAGCUGAGAGCAAAAGCUACCUUGUAAAGAACAAGACGGAUCAUACUUAUUUGUUUAAUUUUGGAGAAUUUUUCUGUGGGAUUGUGGAUUUGACAAACCCUGACGCAUACACCUGGUAUAAAGGCGUUAUCAAGAAAAACAUAAUAGAGCUCGGUAUAGGCGGCUGGAUGGCCGACUUUGGCGAAUACCUUCCUGUUGAUGCGAAACUGAAGGGAGGUUCAGGUGAAAUAUUCCACAACCAGUGGCCUGUCCUUUGGGCCAAAUUAAACCGUGAAGCUGUCCAGGAAUCUGGAAAAGAAGGAGAAGUAGUGUUCUGGAUGAGAGCUGGACACACUGGUACUUCUAACUACACUACUCUGAUGUGGGUUGGAGACCAGAAUGUUGACUGGAGUACAGGAGACGGCCUUCCCUCUGUUAUUCCCUCGGCUCUGUCCUCUGGGUUAUGUGGCAUUGGUAUGACCCAUAUGGACAUUGGUCUGUACACCACCUUCGGGGCGUUGGGAUUGAGGCGAUCUGCGGAGCUGCUUCUGAGGUCUGCAGAAAUGGCCGUCUUCUCGCCUGUGAUGAGGACACACGAAGGCAACCAGCCAAAGUACAACGUCCAGAUGUAUAGUUCAGACAUAAUUCUCCGCCUGUUUAAACGUCUUGUUGACAUGCACAAUGCCCUUUCCAACUACACAUCUGCCUCAAUGGAUGAGUACGUCAGUUCCGGUGUAGCCGUCCAAAGACCAUUAUUUCUCAUGUAUCCAAAUGAUGUGAAAACAUACGAUCUUAAAUAUCAAUAUAUGUUCGGUCCAGACAUCUUAGUGGCUCCAGUGAUUCAACCUAAUGUUCAAAAACAAAGUGUCUAUCUUCCAAACGAUAAAUGGAUUUAUUUGUGGAAUAAAACUGACGUGAAUCCAGGGACAUUAACUGUGAAUGCUCCCGUUGGAUUACCUCCCGUAUUUGUUCGUAAGAACAGUUCCUUCCUAAAUGAUAUUCUGUCUCUAGCAUCCUAUAAACUUAUUCCUUUCGAUCCGCCCAAAACUAAUCCGUCACAGGUUUCCAAUGACUCUCCGCUCACAAACUUCUUGUCAUCUGUAACAUUGGUCGCAUUUUGUACUUGUGUUGCAUUAAGAAGUGUUCACGUGUAAAUUAAGUUAUGUUACGAAGUUUCGUAUGCUUAGGAUAUUUGAUUUGUCAAGAAGGUGGAAACAGGAGUAAAGAUCCACACGGUGAAUACUUUUUGGAGGGAACUGAUUAAAACAGAUCUGCAACCGUUCCUUUAACAUCCUAUAAGUAAAUCAUCAAUGGAAAGAGGAAAUCAUUAGUAUGAUUAGUAUCCUAUUGUAAUGAAACAAUAGCAUAUUUAAACAGUAAAAAUCCUUGUCAAACUGCAGCUUUCAUAAAGUACUAGUAAUGCAUAAUUUUCUGUAGCUUCACGCUGUACUUUAAUUUUUUUUAAUAA